AUGUCGGCUCAACAACAGGGCAAAGAUGCCAUCAACAAGAUUCUCAAGAAUUCUAAGGGAGCUGGAGUAGGUAUCGGUUUGUUGGCUGCUGCCGGCGCUGGAGUUUAUGCUAUUUCUCAAUCUAUGUUCACAGGUAAGUAAUGUUAUCUUAUUUUUUUUAGCUCUUAGAUCUUAAUUGUAAUUUACAAUGAAGUAAAGAGGCAGUACUUUGCUCUUAUUGUACUGUAUAAGUUUUUUUGUAUUUUUAGUUGAUGCUGGUCACAGGGCUAUCAUGUUCAACAGAAUUGGUGGGUUGAGUGAUGAGGUAUACAAAGAAGGUCUUCAUUUUCGCAUUCCUUGGUUUCAAUAUCCUAUAGUAUAUGACAUCAGAGCUAGACCAAAUCAAGUUCGGUCCCCCACUGGUUCCAAAGAUCUUCAGAUGGUUAAUAUCGGACUACGUGUUUUGUCGCGGCCCGACCCUAACUCUUUGACCAAGAUCUAUAGAACUUUAGGUAUCAACUGGGAGGAGAGAAUACUUCCAUCUAUUUGCAACGAGGUAUGUUUGUUUUUAGUUAAAUUUUUCUUGUUUAGACGUAAAGUUAGAUAAUUUUAAAGUUUUGCAAUUAAAGUUUGCUAUUAAAACACAUUUAAAAGAAUUGUUAUGUUUUAAGAAUCUGUCUUUUUGAGUAAAUUUUUAUUCUUUAUGCGAUUUUAGGUAUUGAAAGGAGUUGUAGCUAAAUUUAACGCUUCUCAACUUAUCACACAACGUCAACAAGUGUCUUUGUUGGUGAGAAAAGGAUUAAUCGAAAGAGCUUUGGACUUCAACAUCAUCUUGGACGAUGUUGCUCUUACAGAAUUGGCGUUUUCUCCUCAAUACUCAGCUGCCGUUGAAGCCAAGCAAGUCGCUGCUCAAGAAGCUCAACGAGCGUCGUUCAUGGUCGAAAAGGCUAUUCAGCAACGACAAGAAAAGAUUGUACAGGCGGAAGGAGAAGCUCAAGCUGCUAAAUUGGUAUGUUUUACAUACUUUUUAUAUCAUUUAGGAGGGAAGUUUUUAAAUUUUGGUUGUUUUUUAUUUAUGGGCUAUUGUUAAUAAUAUGUUGUUUGUCGUUGAGAAAUCUUGACGUCCUUUUAUGAAGGUUUAAAGGAGCGUUGUAAAUCCAACGUAUAGAAUCAGGUUGUUUGAACUAAUUUUUAUCGUAAAUUGCUUCGAUAUUUUGUUUAAGCGAACAGCCGACAUGAAUUUGUUAAAAACUUUUUUGAACUCUUAACGAAAUCAUUUUACAGCUUGGAGAGUCUAUGAAACAAGAUCCUGGAUUCUUGAAACUUCGAAAGAUCCGCGCUGCUCAAAAGAUUGCUCGCAACGUUGCCUCGGCUUCCAACAAGGUUUAUUUGCCUUCUGAUGGCCUUAUGCUGAACAUUGCCGACGGAGACUACCUCAACUUCUCGAAGGACAAGCAACGUAGAGGGUACCUUUAA